GACCCAGUUUUCUUCUUUUGUUUUUAAAUUUGAGUUCUAUGGUCUGUGAAUUGCCAUCUCAAUGCAUGCAUACUUGACACGUAUGCAUACACACUCACACAAGUGAGUGGACACCCCACCAGUCCCAGACACAGUCCACCGCGAACCCCAGUCCACACCUCGGAUGGGCCUGCAGACUGGUGGAACAACAUGGGAGCAGAUGGAGGGGACCCAGACCCCACAACUCCCGGAAGCGUCUGAGCUUCUAGCAGCAGAUCGGGCGAUGGCAACGAUGACAACGGGCAAGAGCAGCCUGAGAGCAACUCCUCCUGAACCCACCAAAGGCACCACGCUCUCCAAGAGACAGUCUCCAGGCAGAGACAUCAGGCGGGACCCCCCACUCAGGCCAACUGGUUCCAGCGAAGACGACCCCUUCUCCUACGACGAGGACACUCUCCGGAAGCGGGGGCUACUGGUCACAGCUGUGCUGUUCAUCACAGGCAUUGUCAUCCUCACGAGUGGCAAAUGUAGGUGGUUACCCCAGUUAUGUCGGAAUUAUAACAGGUGGAGGCCGUAGGAAGUAGGGGCCGGAAACACCAUCGAUGGGCACCCCAGGACUGAGUCCUCACCAGCUCACCGUGCCCAGCCUCCUCCCUCCCCUCUCCUACAGAAU